ACCUCGUUGGCAGCUUCGCUUUGGUCUUCGUAGUUGCAUUAAAACUUCACAUUUAAGUCUAGCCGCAGUAAUUUAUUAGUUGUUGCAGCUGUUUUUUUUGGCAUUAGCCGUCAAUUACAGACAUGUUUGUUGGAGUUUAAAGUUAGGCAACGGGGCUCUCUGCGCUGCACUCGCUCCACGCGCCAUUUUUACGAAUUUGAACAAAGGCGAGCGGCUGUGCGUCGGCUCUUCCCCGCAGUUCGCACAGAAAACAGCCAUGAGUUCAGGCGACAAGCAAGCCGACGUCGCGACGCAGCAGGCCGACGAAGUCAUCUCGGCCAAGGAGAAGGGCGCCGGCGACGCCAAGACGGAGAAGUCGCCGCAGAAGCGGACUUCGGCCGAGGUGUCGGAAGAUGAUGAUGUAAAGAAGAAGGUCCAAAAGACGGACCACAAAGACAAGAAGGAAAACGGAGAGUCGGAUGACAAAUAUGAGGAGGGUGCCGGUGAUGACGGCGAGGGUGAUGAUGACGACGACGAUGCAGUUCCCGACGGCGAGGACUACGAUGAGGAAGGGGAUGACCCCGAGGGAGACGACGAUCCCGAGGACGAUGAUGAGGAUGACGCGUAAAGUGGCUAGUAGUGGGACCGACGACGACGCGCCGCCGCUGCUGCUAAAAUGCGCUUUCCCCUCCUCUUCCUCGCCACACACUCCCUCUCCCCUUCCGUCCGCGCUCUUCUAGUGGGAAAAAAGCUAGGGGGGAAGAAAACCUGCAGUCCCUUCGGCCGCCGCUGCAAGCGACGUCUGCCGCCACCAUCCUACUGUCCCAGCAGUCGUCGGAUUUGUCCCUUUCUUUUUUCCUUCGUUCGUCGGCCACAGCUCUACUCCAGUUCGGGUUGACGGCUCGACGGAACGAGUGCCGGUGAAUGACAUUUCGCCGCUGCCGCUCCUUCCUCCGCUGCGUGUGUGUGGCCGGGCAUGCGUGAAUUUUUUUUGUGUGCGUGCGUGUGCGUCUUCUGCCACAGGAGCGUCCUUGAGCCAGCCGAAGGGAUUGGUCCCUCUUUUUUUCCUCCUUCUGUCUGAUCCCAGUUCCCUGUAUCUCCUUCUCGCUCUUCUCUUUCUCCUCUAUUUGAACAGUCUCUUCGUUUUUUGUAUUGUAUUUUGCGUUUCGUCACAUCAACUCAUUGCCGUCACACACACACCUUUGCCGUGUUUCUUUUUUUUUUUUUAAUGGUUUCUGUUCUUACGGCUCUUCAAAGAAGACUGAAAACAUUGGGUGUGCAUGGGGGGACAAAGAAGACUGGUGGGUUACCAAGGUUUUGUUCCUUGUGUAUGUGUCUCACACACUUCUAAUUGGUUUGUGUUGGGCUGCCUUGUUGUUCUACCUUCCUUGUAUGACGAAAGUGUUUUGUCACUGAAGCUUUAUUCGGUUGUUUUCACCCCCACCCCCUUAAUUGGAGAAAGUGCUUGUUUAUGCAUUUUUGUUCAUGUGGUUGCAGCAUGUCCUCUUCACAUCAUGAGUCGGACAUCCAGAGUUGUUUUCAGUUGUUGACGUCAUUCUGUCACCUCGCAUCACAUGCAUCAUGACGAAACAAAACAAUUGUUGAGCGACAUUGUGCAAACAUUUUGAAGUCUGGCACUUCCCCUUUUUUUUUUCUUGCAAGGCGCAGCUUCUAAAGCAUUGCUUUUUUGUUUCAAACCAUUUUCAGGCCUUCCCUUGUCAUUUUUCAUCUGCAAAUAUGGCCCAGUCAUAUUGUAAAAUGUAUUUCAGUGACUCUAUGUAAUAGAUCAUUGUUUUUUGUUUUUUUUUUUCACACAAAAACAUGGCUUUCUGAAGGGCCAUGGCUAAAUGUGUACUACAGUUUUUCAAUUCUGAGCUAUUGUUCGGGGUGCUAGAUGUUUUUGUUGCCAGGCUUCCUGGCAUGCGGGGGCAUCUGGUGUUGAGUGCCGUGCGACUUGUUAUGACAUUCACACGACUGUGUUCAAACAUGUUUGCAUAUAGGGUGUGGUGUGCGAAAUUUCAUGCGCAUUUCCUUGGCAUCACUUCUUUUCUUUUUCACCUAAUCACCAUUUAAGAAAACAAGCUUUGGAUUUCCUCUUUUUCCUGGUUAAUACACAUUAUUAUUCCUCAAAUGAAAUUAAGGGCAUGCACUUUUCAAUGCAACCACAGUGUUUAUAUAUUUCUUUGUCGAUGGGAAAUGCUAAAUAGAAAAGGGGAACCACAUUGGAUCAGCCAAUAAACUAUGUCAUUCGAUUUUUGCAUCAUCACCAAACUGGUGGCCACGAGUGUAUGUUAAUUACUUUGGUCCUGCUCAUUCGAAGUGUGUAUGUGAGUUGCUUGCAGCUCUAGGGGAUGGAAAGGUUAAAUUUUUUACAUGUGAAUUUUCUAGCUACAGUGGCACUGCCAUACAGACAGCUAUGUUUGAACAAGUCUGCAAUUAAGUUUUCGCUUCCUUGCUCCCAUGUCGUCGUCGGGAUCAAAUUUGGCUUGGGUUGGGAGUGGAGCUUGUCACAAAGCCCAACUGUACAUUUUUUGCCAAAGCGAAACUAAAGCCAUUGUCACCUCAAUAAAGUUUCUUGGUGGGGCUUUUCAGGUCUGCCUGAGCUAAGAAUGGAAUUAAGGCCCCCCAGUACUAUUGCAAGCUUUCUUUGUAAAGCCUGUUCUGUGUUGUGAAAGAGUGAAUAGAGCUUAGUGCGGGAGUGGUGAAAUUGGACCUACCCACGUGUUCGUGUAGGGUUAGCGAGCAUGGUGCAGCUUUUGCACUGUGGCUAAACGUUCUGGUUAAGUGGGGAAGGCUUGGGGUAGGGUCCUAGUGCCACUGUGUUUGGAGCGGGUUUUCUCCUCACUGUGGUUUCAUUUCCAUCCCCUUUAAGUUUUCUUGAUGACAAUGCACAUUUUGUUGGAUUUUUUUGUGAACGGAAAGUACUUUCACACUGUAGAUACAUGAUGAAAAGAGAAAACACGAUAACAAAAAAA